UUCUCUCCCAAUUUUCAAAUUCCAUUUCCCAGUCCUUCUUCCUCCACUUCCCAUGGCGGAGUUUCAACAGCAGCCACCGCAGAGCCACCCUAAUUAUGUACGACCCACCACCGAUCCCUUCAAAACCAUCCUUCCCCAAACCUCCCUUUCAACCUCCAAGCUCUUUGCACUUCUAACUCUCUUGCCCAUCGGCGCCUUCCUCCUUUUCCUCGCUGGAAUUUCCUUCAUCGGAACCGUCGUCGGUUUGGCUAUUACAUCUCCUCUUUUCCUCAUUUUCAGCCCCAUUCUUCUCCCCGCCGCCUUCGUCAUCACCGUCGCCGUCGCCGGCUUUCUCACCUCUGGGGCUUUUGGGGUAACCGCCUUAUCCUCCGUCUCAUGGAUGGCCAACUAUUUACGCAGAUCCCGAGUUCCUUUUCAGCUCGACCAAGCCAAGCAAUGGGUCCGUGAAGCGGCAGCCCAAGCGGCCCAAACGGCUGAGGAGGCCAGCCAGGCUAUCCAAACCAAGGCCCAAGAUUGGGUGAAGACUGAUGAAGACGGCCCAGCCCAAGAAGAAGCGAGUUCUGAAGAAGUCGGCCCAGCCCAGGCAAAAGGGAGUACUACUGAAGAAGUCGGCCCAGCCCAGGCAAAAGGGAGUACUACUGAAGAAGUCGGCCCGGCCCAGGAACAAGGGAGUACUACUGAAGAAGUCGGCCCAGCCCAGGAACAAGGUACUGCAAAAGAGGAAGCGGCCCAGGAACCGGGGAAAGCCCAAGAAAGUGGGAAGGCCCAAGGAAAAGGGAAGGCCCAAGGAGGUAAGGCCCGAGGAGGAGGAAAGACAUAACGAAGGAGCCCAGUGAAGCACUAAUGGGCCGAAUCCUACUUAUAUAUGUAAAUAAUUUAAUAAUUUUGGAAUUCUGAGU